AUGGAAUGUCAUCGUAAAGUGGCGAACGUAUCAAAGUUGGAGAAGGCUGAAAGGUAUCCCAAGAACGAAAUACAACCAGCAUCAGAGAGCGAUAUCGAAAGUGAAGUUAGUGAACCAGCUGCCAAAUACAUCCGUGUGUCCCAAAGGUGUCGUAGCCAGGAAAAACAGGAUGAUUUGUCACAAGGCACAGUUAUUGGUAGUUCCAGAUGCAGCAGAAACAUCUUGCCUGCCAAAUGCAUAAUAUGCAAAAAGUCAACAGCAUGGGGUAAAUGUAAAGUAAGUGUUUAAAUAUUGAUGUUUAUUUCGUUUUUUAUGUUCAAUAUUUCUCGUUGUUUUUGUUCACAGUUGUACUGUACUGCUGUAUAAUGUGUGUAUGCUGUGAGCCUACAGGCAAAAGUUUCCAUCAGGUAACUAAUCCACUAAUGCUUAUCAGCUUAUAUCAGAUUAUUAAAUCCUACUUUCAGACAACAUUAAAAACAACAUUACUGCCACUACGAAAGGCCGAUGAAGACUUAUUGGUUCAUAUUAGAGACUUGGAUUGCUCGGUAAUUGAGGUCAGAUAUCAUGAUAAAUGUUUCAAGGCAUACACCAACCCUGUAUUUUAUAAUAGUAAGACAGAUGGUUGUUGCAGGGAACUAUAUAAAGAUUAUAAAUUCUUUGUAUGUUUGCAUGGUGAUAAAAUAUAAUAGUUUUGUUUGUGGAAACACCACGUAAAUUUAUUACUGCAGAAAUAAAUUAUGCAGAAAUUUAUUAUGCAGAAAUUUAUUAUGCAGUAAUAAAUUUACGUGGUGUUUCCACAAACAAAACUAUUAUAUAUAUAAAGAUUCCUUUGAUGCAUUUUGUGAGAAAUAAGUGGAAAAGAAAAUCAUACAAGGCAAAAAAAUCAAGUCUAUGAAUGAUUUGUUUAAAGUGUUUGUACAAAUGGUUCAACAACAAAAGAAGGAUCCUAGACAUGAAUAUUUCUGAGCAACUUAGCGAGGCGUGGUGCGAUGUUAUUUUGGGAUUUCAUUGGUUCACAGGUUUGUGACCAGAUUUCUUUUAAAUGAGAGUUGACGUUCAAACAGAGGUUGCAACUUUCAUCGCCUCUCACACUCAAAUUGUGAGCUUUUUUACAUUUUAAUAUAACAUUAAUAUUUUAUCAAUUCCCCUUUCAGGAUCUGAUUCAACGUCUUCUUUUACUGGAAAAGGAAAGGCGACAUGCCUCAAAGUUGCACGCAGUAAAGUCGAGUAUGUUCGUGCCUUUCAAGAUCUGGGCAAACAAAUGACAGUUGACCAGGCCAAGGGCACAAUGUCAUAUCUACAAAAGUUUGUUUGUCACUUAUACGGACAAGAAAAUGAGAUCGAUAUGUGGAUAAUGCUCGACAUAACCUUUUUAGAAUGGGAAAUUGCACUGAAGAAACACUGCCACCAACUUCAGACAGCUUAG